CCAAAACAUGAAGCUCCAGUUGAUUCUUCAAACAUACAAGAGCCUGAUGGAGACCUUCAAGAGAAACAGAAUCCAGGGAUGAUGACGAGCAUGAUUCAAAAAAUCAACCCAUUCAGAUCUUUUCAGCCAAAGGACCCUCCAUCUUUAAACAGUGACCUGUCGUCCAGCAGUGGAAGCCUGACGGACAACAAUAAUGUUCCAGAGAAGCAGAACCCUGGCAUGUUUAAAGGGAUGAUGCAAAAGGUCAACCCCUUCAAGUCACACACGCAGGUGACCGAUGACGCUUGUGAGACUGACUCAUCUGCUCCUUCUAACAUGACUGAGGUUGAGCGAGCUAUACACAGUGAGAACUCCAGCAGCUCUGACAGUUUGGACGACAGUGCUAUAGAGAGACAUACCAUUUGGUAUGCAGAUGCCGAGGCAAUAAAUGAGGGGGUUAAUCAGCCAACAGAAGUUGCAAGAAAAAAGAAUAAGACUUUCAUUAUAAAGAGGAUACUUCCCAAGUCAUUUUUUGCGUCUGGAUCCAAGGAAUCUGAAAAUCAAUCAUCUGACACUCAGCCCCAGCCUCAGGAUGCAGUUGAAGUUGAAACACUGCAGCUGGCUGAUAUACCAAUACCUGGUGAAGGAAUCCAACUGGACCCUCUGGAUGAUGAAGAUGGCCUUCUCUCUUGGUGGAAAACAGUUGAAGGAUGGGACGAGUGGAGUGAGGGAAACCAGAACGAUGAUGCGGAAGAAGUUGUGGAAGAAGCAGCCGACCGAGUCUUCAUGGCCGCCCGUCUCUUUGUUCGCUUCUUCAAUCAGCGGGGCGCUUCCCUCCAGCAGCGCAUCCUGGAGCUUCUGUCUCUGGCUGACUCCGCAGACAACUUCCACAAGAAGACGGUCACAGCCAGCGUCGGCGGCGGGGUGGCCAGCGUCGCCGGGUCCGUCACCACCAUCACUGGGCUCAUUCUGGCACCCUUCACGGCAGGAACGUCACUAAUCGUCACGGCGGUAGGCAUCGGCAUUGCCACGGCGGGUGGCGUGACAUCAGCCUCAGCCAACAUCACAGACACGUUGCAUUCAAAGACGGACCGCAAGAAGGUGGAGCAAAUGAUCCAAGAUUACCAGGAUGAGAUUAAGGACAUCAAGGACUGCUUGGAUUUCAUACAGGAAGGAAUGGAGACACUGGACGAAUGGAACUUUGAGAAGUACGCCGAAAGCAUCUCCAAAAAGCACUUGAAUCAGAACGUCAAACAUGUAAUGAAGGAGGGCGGCCGAGCUGGGAAGGCUUUAGUUAUCAACACAGAGAGCCUGAUCAACACCGUCCAGGUCCUGAACGUCGCCGGCGGCGCUGCUAAAGCCGCACAGGUGAUGAGCGUCACCACAGGAGUGAUGUCGGGUCUCUUCCUGGCCCUGGACGUGUUUUUCCUGGCAAAGGAUUCCAUGGAGCUGAAAAAGGGAGCAAAGACUGAGUUUGCUGUCAAGAUCCGAGAGGUGUGUAAAGACCUGCAGGACGGACUGCUGGAGCUGAAUCGAAUCAAGGAGGACCUACAGAAAACUAUGGAUGGGAUAGAGGUGGAGGUCGAAGAGGAGGACGAUGAGGAGACACUGAAGUCUGAUCUGAAGAAACUUAUUGAUCUUGAAGAGUGAAAGUUGGUGUUAUUAAGCCAACCUAUCCUGGUUUUAAAAAACAAAAUAAACUAGAACUGUAGUUACCAAAAUGGGGACAAGCUUUGCUGUUAGUUUUUCAAGUUGUUACUACACAGAGUAAAUUUAAUUUCUUUUUUUUCUUAAAUCAGAUUCUCGUAAAUAUAUUUAAUAAAAUUAUAUCAUAGUUGUUCUAAAUGUGUAAAUUUU